CUCUCAUUGUUCUAUCUGUAGUUCAAGCGUUGUUGUAUUGAGUUCAAGACGGACAUUAUCAACACCAACAUUACAUUAGAUGACCAUUUAGGAAACAUAGUGUUAAUUUACGUUAUAGCUAACAUAAUCGAAAUGGAAAUGUGAAUACUGAUUUGAUAUGUGCACAGAUUCGUCUUGUUCCAAGCGUUUGGCAAGGAUGCAGGAUCUUCAAGACCUUGACAAUGAAACAUGUUGGCUUGUCAAAGAGCUAAAGUCAUACAUUGCUCAAGAAGCAGACUUUUUACCGAGGGAAACUGGCCUCAAUAUAAUGGAGUCUGCAGCAGAGAAUCACAACGGAGUCUCUGCAAAAUGCAGAAAUGCCAAAGUUGAAGACCUGUGGAGCCUGACCAGUUUCUUUGGUUUCAGCACCCAGACAUUUGUCCUAGCUGUCAAUCUACUGGAUAGGUUCUUAGCCAUUAUGAAGGUCCAACCUAAGCACCUGCCCUGCAUUGGAGUCUCCUGUCUCCAUAUUGCUGCCAAAAUGGUUGAGGAUGAGUGCAACAUCUCACCCACCCAUGAACUCAUCCGCAUCAGCCAAAGCAAGUUCACUGUUUCUGACGUCAGCCGAAUGGAGAAGAUCAUCUCUGAAAAACUCAACUUGGAGCUCAAAGCCAUCACAGCCUUAACUUUUUUACACUUAUACCAUGCUGUCAUUGUAUCACUUACAUCAGAAAGGGGGGAGAUCCCAAGCAUUGGGAGACUGGAAGCCCAGCUAAAAGCCUGCUUAUGCCAGCUUAUUUUCUCUAAAGCAAAACCAUCGGUGCUGGCACUGUCUGUCAUUACUCAGGAAUUUGAUGCCCUCCAGUCUCUUGCCAUGUUGGAAAUUGUCCAAGAACUCCAAAGGCACCUAAAGAUUGUUGACAGUGAGUUACUCUACUGGAGGGGACUCGUGGCCAAAUGCAUGACUGAGUACAGCUCAAGUGAAUGUAACAAACCAGACAACAAAAAACUGGUGUGGAUCGUGUCCAGACGAACCGCCCAAAAUUUGCACGCUAAUCACUUCAGUGUCCCUGAACUGCCGACUAUUCCAGAGGGCAGCUGGGAUGAAAGUGAGAGCUGUUCUCCCCUGCAUAUAUUUAGUGAGGAUUCCUGUGAGGAUAUGAGCUGUGAAGAGGACAGCCUGUGCGGCUCUCCUGGCAGUGACGCAGAGGGAGCCUUCUUCCCCUCAGAGUUUUGCAACCAGGGCAGAAACUGAUACUCCUCUCUUUUUGAUGAGCUUAAAUUCUCGAUAGAGAUUGUAUGUGUAACCAGGGUGCUAACUGUAACUUUUCCCUAAAUGUAACUUUCCUUGUCGUUCGUAAAACAUUUAUGUUAAUUACUAUACAGUAUGUGUGACAGAUGGGUAUCUAACUCAAGUUGCCUGCGCGACUUGUUAGACCUGUGAGCUAAAGCCUAGGUGUGGAAGCUAACAAAUCUUCCGGUCCAAAGUAAGGUUACUGAUCACCGGAGCGUAUUCAACAAACCACCUCUGCUACAUACGUAUGUAUUCUGGAAAUACUGAACGACAGGCCCUACCAAGUGCCUGUGUUAAUCCAUGUGCAGUUUUUACAAUUUUGUUAUGAUUUUAGAUAAGAUCUUAGUGGAAUUUAAAUUGCAAUAUCUUGGCAGCUGACUGGCAAUAAGAUCUUAAAAUGCCUUUUUAAAUAUGUUCCUGGUGUCAAUCUACGUCAAAACUUGACACAUUCCAGUUGUCAUUAAAGGGAUAGUUCACCCAAAUUAUAAAAUGACACAUUAGUUUCCUUACCCGUGUUAUAAGCAGUCUAUGCACAAGGUAUGACAGCAAUCCAUGCUUUGGUUUAGUUUCCCUGGCACUGCUUCCACAUGCUAACAUUUUAGCAUUUGUGGCACAAAUCCCAUUCAAGUCAUUGGAAUUAGCUGUUUUCGCGCACCUACACCAAAUCAUACAAAAGUAUCUCAAAUUGAUUAUGAAGCUCAACAAAGUCACUUCUAGAUGUUUGAAACAUUUUGCAUGAAAAAUACAACAUUAGAUUUGUUCCACAAAUGCUAAAACUUUAGCAUGUGGAAACAGUGCUAGGAAUGCUAAACCAAAGCAUGGAUUGCUGUCAUUCCUUGUCCAUAGACAGGGUAAUGAAACCAAUAGAAUAUGUCAUUUGGGUGUACUAUCCCUUUAAGCACAAUGGCAAAAUUAUUUUCUACCUAGGAUGUUCGUCCCGCACACUAACUGUUCAAUCAAUGGGAAAUACCCAACAUCGGUACAUUGUGCAAGUUUUACCGGUUUUAUAGAAUAGUAUUAAUGUAAUAGUUGCCAAUUCACCAUGUUUUUGUAAUGUGUUCGUGAGAUUAUAUGCAGGAUGAUACUGUAUUCUAUUAAUGGUGGCUUGUAUGGAAGUAUGUCAAUGGGAUUCUGUUAGAGAAUGAUGUUGAUUCAGUACACGUGCAAAAUAUUUAUAUGUAAAUUAAUAACACAUUUGCAUAACUUGUAUAAGAAAUUAUAAAAAAAAGUGAAUGUUUUAUCAUUCUUUGUGAAUAAGCCAUUUUAUGUUACUGUAUAUCAACAUGUUGUUAUAAACAAACCAUGUUUGCUUGGAAAAAAGAACCCUGCAAAUAAAAGGAUUACAAUUUUUAAACCCU